CGCUUGUUAUUGUCCCCCUUCUGUCUCACCCGAUACUCGGUUCCUGUAUUGUGAAAUACGUGUAGACCAGCUAGCUUCUUCUUUAACUAUGCGGUCAAUUGUGGGUUUAAUAGCUGUAAUUGGCGCCGCUACUUUCUAUCUGUACAUUCUGUCUUCUUACCUUCCGACCGGACCGCGACAACUCCCACCCAAAGCGACGGAAAAUGAAGAAACGUCAGAUAUCGACAUUAACAAGGACUUCAGAGGCGAAGUCAAAGAACACAGGUAGUUAUGUAGGCUACAGUGUGUGGCUCUGACUCGUGCUUGCUAGCGACUUCAAAUGAGUCAAUGAUUUCUUUCCAUGCAUCUUAUCAUCAUUAUUUUGGUCCAGGUACAUCAUUUAUAUUCAGGGUCGUUCCAUGUCAUUUCAGCAAGCCAUGACACCCACCAUUUCAGAUUGUUCUGAAGUCGUUUCUGUAGUUAGAAACAGAUAAGAUAAGCAUUCCUGCAACAUUAUUUUGUUGAAAUAUAAUUUGAUCUGAGUAAUUAAGCUAAUUGAUUGCACCCAUCUUGGCCAUUUGAAUUGAUAGGAUUCAUAUGAUCAAUAAAUAUAGUACCUAACAUCUGAUUUGGACCAAACUUUAUUCUAACAAUGAGUAUGACAUGAGGAAUCCAAAUAAAUGGUCAAAAGCCACCCACAGAUCCCCACGCAUUUUUACAUUUUACAUUUUAGUCAUUUAGCAGACGCUCUUAUCCAGAGCGACUUACAGUUAGUGAGUGCAUACAUUUUGUAUACAUUUUCCACGCCAAUCCCAACCCAAUCCCAACCCAACAACAAGUAUAGAAUAUCCGUUUUCUAUGUCUGACAAGUAGAAUAUGGAGCUGUGGCUUGUUUCCUGCAUCAUAUGUAAUGUAUUCUUAGUGAAUUUGGUGAUGUUUUUUUCCCCCCUGUUCAAAGAAAUUAGUAAUUUAAGUUGUAGUCCCCUGUAGCUCAGUUGGUAGAGCAUGGUGCUUUCAACGCCAGGGUUGUGGGUUCGUUUCCCACAGGGGGCCAGUAUGAAAAUGUAUGUACUCACUAACUGUAAGUCGCUCUGGAUAAGAGCGUCUGCUAAAUGACUAAAAUGUAAAAAUGUUAGGUUUAUGUCCCAUCCUACAUCCUGAUAUUAUCAGGUUCUGACCACUAGAUGGUGCUGUUCCUACAAUUAGUUCAUUAACCCCCCCCCCCAAUGCAAGUCAAUGGUACCUAUAUUAGCAUUUUCGUGCUUCAUAUCCCAAUCAUGUAUAAGUAACAUCAUUUAGUUACACAAUACAUUUUUAGAUACCUUAGGAUGAUUUGAACAUGAAGCGGGAAAAUACUAAUAUAGGUACCAAAGCCUGGGUUGCUGUCAUACCUUGUCAAUAGACUGCUUACAGGGUCAGGAUGUAGGAUGGGACGUAACAACUUCAACGACUCAUUUCUCUCAACAGCAGAAAGAAAAACAUCACCAAAUUCACUGGGAACAUGAAUCCUGUAAAUUAAAAUGGCCAAUUUGGAUGCAAUCAAUUAACUUCCUUUCUCAGAGAUCAAAUUAUAUUUCAACAAAAUAAUGUUGCAGGAAUGCUAAUCUUCUCUGUUUCUAACAACAGAAACGAUUUCAGAACAAUCUGAGAUGGUGGGUGUCAAUCUGAGAUGGUGGGUGUCAAUCUGAGAUGGUGGGUGUCAAUCUGAGAUGGUGGGUGUCAAUCUGAGAUGGUGGGUGUCAAUCUGAGAUGGUGGGUGUCAGUCCUCUUUCUUGGGCUUUUUGAGGUGGAACGACCCAUGCACCGAUGGGUACCAUGACUCAUAUACUGUAGUUGAUUGAUUGUCGUUUCAUGUUCAAGUUCAGCCUCCCACUAUUACUCAUACUGUAAUGUGAUUAUUGGAAUGCCUGUAAAGUUGAGAAUGUUGAGAGUGCAACCUCAUCCCCAAGCCCACCACUGCCUCCGCCCUCCAAGCCACCAUUGCCCUCAUCAACCCCAGAUCAGACAGGCCCUUGUCCCCCACCGCCCUCAUCAACCCCAGAUCAGACCGGCCCUUGUCCCCCACCGCCCUCAUCAACCCCAGAUCAGACAGGCCCUUGUCCCCCACCGCCCUCAUCAACCCCAGAUCAGACCGGCCCUUGUCCCCCACCGCCCUCAUCAACCCCAGAUCAGACAGGCCCUUGUCCCCCACCGCCCUCAUCAACCCCAGAUCAGACAGGCCCUUGCCGCCAGCCACCCGCCACAGCCCUCAUGAGACCAUCUGUGUUGUGAUCCCUCCUUUCAGGCUGAAGUUCCCCUCAGACCUGGUAGAGCUAAGAGAAUUGUCAGAGCUGUUACAGUUCUACAAGACAGAACACACUGGAUACGUCCUGCUUCUCUUCUGUAGCGCAUAUCUCUACAAGCAGUCCUUCGCCAUCCCUGGCUCCUCCUUCCUGGUACACACUCACUCAUUCACUCACUCACUCACUCACUCAGAAGCAGAAAUUGUAGACAAACAUCUCAAUAUACAGUACCAGUGAAAAGUGUGGACACAUCUACUCAUUAAGGGUUUUUCUUUAUUUUUACUAUUUUCUACAUUGUAGAAUAAUAGUGAAGACAUCAACACUAUGAAAUAUCACAUAUGGAAUCAUGUAGUAACCAAAAAAGUGUUAAACAAAUAAUCCAAAUAUAUUUCAGAUUGUUCAAAUAGCCACCCUUUGCAUUGAUGACAGCUUUGCACACUCUUGGCAUUCUCUCAACCAGCUUCACCUGGAAUGCUUUUCCAACAGUCUUGAAGGAGUUCCCACAUAUGCUGAGCACUUGUUAGCUGAUUUUCCUUCUAAAUAAAUCACAGACAGUGUCACCAGCAAAGCACCCCCACACCCCCACACCAUAACACCACCUCCUCCAUGCUUCACGGUGGGAACUACACAUGCAGAGAUCAUCCGUUCACCCACACCGCGUCUCACAAAGACACAGCGUUUGGAACCAAAAAUCUCAAAUUUGGACUCCAGACCAAAGGACACAUUUCCACCAGUCUAAUGUCCAUUGCUCGUGUUUCUUGGCCCAAGCAGGUCUCUUCUUCUUAUUGGUUGCCUUUUAGUAGUGGUUUCUUUGCAGCAAUUCGACCAUGAAGGCCUGAUUCACACAGUCCCCUCUGAACAGUUGAUGUUGACAUGUGUCUGUUACUUGAACUCUGUGAAGCAUUUGUUUGGGCUGCAAUUUCUGAGGGUGGUAACUCUAAUGAAUUAUCCUCUGCAGCAGAGGUAACUCUGGGUCUUCCAUUCAUGUGGCGGUCCUCAUGAGAGCCAGUUUCAUCAUAGCGCUUGAUGGUUUUUGCGACUGCACUUGAAGAAACUUUCAAAGUUCUUGAAAUGUUCCAUGUUGACUGACCUUCAUCUUAAGUAUUGAUGGACUGUUGUUUCAAUUUGCUUAUUUGAGCUGUUCUUGCCAUAAUAUGGACUUGGUAUUUUACCAAAUAGGGCUAUCUUCUGUAUACCCCCCCUACCUUGUCAGAACACAGCUGAUUGGCUCAAACGCAUUAAGAACGAAAUAAAUUCCACAAAUUAACUUUUAAGAAGGCACACCUGUUAAUUGGAAUGCAUUCCAGGUGACUACCUCAUGAAGCUGGUUGAGAGAAUGCCAAGAGUGUGCAAAGCUGUCAUCAAGGCAAAGGGUGACUACUUUGAAGAAUCUCAAAUCUCAAACAUAUUUUGAUUUGUUUAACACUUUUUUGGUUACUACAUGAUUCCAUAUGUGUUAUUUCAUAGUUUUGAUGUCUUCACUAUUAUUCUACAAUGUAGAAAAUUGUUUUUUAAAAAUAAAGAAAAAACCUGGAAUGAGUAGGUGUGUCCAAACUUUUGACUGGUAGUGUACAUUAUAAAACAUGUUUGUAAUCAUAUAAUCAGCUCUGAUUGCUGUUGAUUCCUCUCUGUCCUCUAAAGAACAUCCUAGCGGGUGCCCUGUUCGGCCCAUGGCAGGGCUUGGUGCUAGCCUGUGUUCUGACCACUGUGGGCUCCACCAUGUGUUACCUCCUCUCCCAGGCCUUCGGGAAACGCUACAUCACAAAACUCUUCCCUGGCCAGGUCUCCAUGCUGCAGAAGAAGGUACGUAGUCUGCACUAUCCCCACGUUUAACAGGUGAACGCCCGUCAUCCCAAGUUAUUACAAGUAUAUGUAGCCGAUGUGAAAUGGUUAGCUAGUUAGCGUUGCUGAUGUGAAAUGGUUAGCUAGUUAGCGUUGCCGAUGUGAAAUGGUUAGCUAGUUAGCGUUCUGGUGGCAGUGUUCAAUCUGUGACUUCACCUGCUCUGAGACCUAGAAGUAGCUCGCUCAGCGAGGCUCGUGGCUUUGGUAGAGUGAUCUGUAGGAUGCCAACACUGACAUUUGGCUAUAUGACCACUGGGUGGUAGAUACAGAUAUUAACCAGCUCUCUUUUCCUGCCCUGGUUCCCAGGUGGAGGAGAACCAGUCCUGUCUGUUCUUCUUCCUCCUCUUCCUCAGGUUCUUCCCCAUGACUCCUAACUGGUUCCUCAACAUGUCCGCCCCCAUCGUCAACAUCCCUGUCACGUUCUUCUUCUUCUCAGUCUUCAUCGGUAAGCAGGAGCAGAAACUGAUUCAGUCUUUUCCUUCAUUGGUCCUUUAUAGUCCUUGUCUUAUUAAUAUUCAGAGACAAUCUCUCUAUGAUCCGUGUCUUUAGAAAUUAGGAUUUUAUUUAAAAGAUCAUAACAAAUUUAGCAAUGAUUGAUGUUAUGUUUCUGUCCUCUGUGUGUCUCAUGUCUUUCUGUCCUCUGUGUGUCUCAUGUCUUUCUGGCUUCUGUGUGUAUCAUGUCUUUCUGUCCUCUGUGUGUCUCAUGUCUUUCUGUCCCUCUGUGUGUCUCAUUAUGUUUCUGUCCCUCUGUGUGUCUCAUUAUGUUUCUGUCCUCUGUGUGUCUCAUGUCUUUCUGUCCUCUUUGUGUCUCAUGUCUUUCUGUCCUCUGUGUGUCUCAUGUGUUUCUGUCCCUCUGUGUGUCUCAUGUCUUUCUGUCCUCUGUGUGUCUCAUUAUGUUUCUGUCCUCUGUGUGUCUCAUGUCUUUCUGUCCUCUGUGUGUCUCAUGUCUUUCUGUCCUCUGUGUGUCUCAUGUGUUUCUGUCCUCUGUGUGUCUCAUGUCUUUCUGUCCUCUGUGUGUCUCGUGUGUUUCUGUCCUCUGUGUGUCUCAUGUCUUUCUGUCCUCUGUGUGUCUCAUGUCUUUCUGUCCUCUGUGUGUCUCAUGUCUUUCUGUCCCUCUGUGUGUCUCAUGUCUUUCUGUCCUCUGUGUGUCUCAUGUGUUUCUGUCCUCUGUGUGUCUCAUGUCUUUCUGUCCUCUGUGUGUCUCAUGUCUUUCUGUCCCUCUGUGUGUCUCAUGUCUUUCUGUCCUCUGUGUGUCUCGUGUGUUUCUGUCCUCUGUGUGUCUCAUGUCUUUCUGUCCUCUGUGUGUCUCAUGUCUUUCUGUCCUCUGUGUGUCUCAUGUCUUUCUGGCUUCUUUUCCCUCUGUCCCUCUGUGUGUCUCAUGUCUUUCUGGCUUCUAAUCCCUCCAGGCCUGAUCCCAUACAACUUCAUCUGUGUCCAGGCGGGCUCCAUGCUGUCUGAGGUGUCCUCUCUGGAUGACCUGUUCUCCUGGGGCAAAGUGCUACAGCUGCUGGGUAUAGCUUGCAUGGCCCUGCUCCCCGGGACCCUCAUCAGACACCACAGCCAGACAUACCUCAAACUGGAUAAUGGAGUCAACAAGAAGACUCUG